UACUGUAUCGCUGGCGAUUAGAUGUGCAGCAGCAACGAUGGCGGGUCCCAGUAGGAAGCAGAUGUUGAGGUUUCUAAGCCAAGUGGGAGCGUUUAUUUUGACCCGGUUUGGAUUUUGGAACUGCUUCAGCAUGCUGAUGCUCUUUGCUGAACGAGCGGACUCGAAAAGGAAGCCAGAUAUCCACAUACCGUACCUGUAUGUGGACAUGGGCGCUGCGGUGAUCUGUGCCAGCUUCAUGUCAUUUGGGGUGAAGAGACGGUGGUUUGCUUUGGCUGCUGCCGUACAGCUUGCCAUCAGUACUUACGCAUCAUACGUUGGAGAGCAGGUGUAUUAUGGAGAAUGGCUUAAGGUGCGAAUGUACUCCAGAGCGCUGGCCAUUAUUGGAGGCUUUCUGAUUCUGGCCAGCGGCGCAGGGGAAGUUUACAGACAGAAACCUCGCAGCAGAUCCCUGCAGUCUACUGGACAAGUUUUUCUGGGAGUCUAUCUCAUUUGCAUGGUUUACUCCCUCCAGCACAGCAAAGAAGACAGGCAGGUCUAUCUGAACCACAUCGUUGGGGGAGAGGUCACUCUGAUGCUGCUGGAGGUGGUGUUCGGCAUCCUGGCUCUGGCCUUCCUCUCCGGUUGCUACAUCCGCCUGGCCGCUCAGAUCCUGGCCACCAUCCUUCCUCUUAUUAUCUUGCUCAUCGAUGGUAACAUUGGUUAUUGGCACCACACUCGGAAGGUGGAGUUCUGGAACCAGAUGAAGCUGAUAGGUCAUAAUGUGGGCAUCUUCGCCGCUGUACUGAUCCUAGCCACUGAUGGCUGAACAGUCACACACUCAGACAGCUUUUACAGACCAAGGUGUGUGCACCAGAGGAAGAUGUCGUUGGCCUUUUCAUCGUGGCCCAACUCUGUACUCAAAGCUGCCGUCACUCGAUGACGCCUCAGGAUUAAAAACAGUCACUGCUGAGACGGUUGGAUGUAAGCUGCGUCGAUUAUCCAGUUUGUAACUUUGCUUUUGCAAGGAAAAAGAAAAAACACAACCUUGCUUUUUAAAAGUUAAUAAUUUAUUUGGAUUUAUGUUUACAUUUUUGUUUCUGAUAUGCUCUGAAGCUUGACAUGGAGUGUUAUUACUACAAACCUACUGGGAACUUUUAAAAGAGGUCUUGAUGAUUUCAAUCACUAUUUACAGUGGAUGGUUUAAAUACGUGAUUUUAAAAAGGGGAAAAAUUGCUGGGUGACAAAUUAAAGGAAAAAGCCAUCAUGAAGCAACAGCUUGAUUGGGGUUUUAGAGAGGGAUGAAAGUGCACAGCUGCAAAGGAACAACACAAACAAAAAAUUCCAAAGCCCUUCUUGACCUGAAGAAAAGUUGAGAUGCAUUAUCCUAGGUGGUUCUUAUCUUAGUUGUCAACAAAAGCAUCAUUUUUGAUAAAUUCUUCCACAACCAGCAGUACUGUGCAAAAUACCACACAGCAGUGAGACCAAACAGAGAAAAGGCCAAAAUUAUAACUGAAAGUAUAAUUUGAUUAAUUGCCAAUCUGUGCUUAGCGACAUGUUGAGCCAGAACAGCUUCAGUCCAGCUGUCUCUGCAAUAAACGGCUUUAACCUAAGAGAUUAUUCACUAAUUUUGUGAUUUGGUUUUUGCAGAGCGCCAACUUAAAACAUCAGCUCUCCUGUACGUACAUACAUCCAUCUGUCUUUCUUAACCACCAACCAGAGUCAUGUUGGAACUGGAUCCUGUCAUAGCUGACUUUGGGUGAGAGCGAGGGGCGGGGUAUGCCACUCACACCUGCAGCCAAUUUAGAACUCCUAUAAAAAGUUUAAUUAACUCCCACCCCUCACUGUAGGGGAAGGGUCAAAGGUUCAGGUUUUUCCUUUAAUUUGUUGCACGUGUUAUGUGAUAUUGCUUUUGAAGUGGAAUGACUAUGCUGGCCUAUUGGGAAUAAACACUCUGUUUAAAGCA